AUGGCUCUUGCCUGUGCUGGUAUGGUUUCUGCUCAGACCUUCACUGACUGCAACCCAUUGAAAAAGACAUGCCCCGCUGAUCCUGCCUUUGGCGAUAACGAAGUUGACUGCGACCUGGCCAAGGGUGCAUGUGAUGCCUUCCACGGCAUGAUUGGAACCGAACUCAAGUACAGCGACCGUGGUGCUCUAUUCCGCAUCAACAAGGAGUCCGAUGCUCCUACAAUCCGAUCCGACAACUACCUCUUCUUUGGUCGUGUCGAUGUUGUCGUCCAGGCUGCCAAGGGUCAGGGCAUUGUUACCUCCGCCGUUCUCCAGUCUGACGACCUCGACGAGGUUGACUGGGAGUGGGUUGGCGGCGAUGAUGCUCAGGUCCAGUCCAACUACUUCAGCAAGGGCGAUACUUCUACAUACGACCGUGCCCAGUACCACCCCGUUGCUGCUCCUCUUACCACUACUCACAAGUACUCUAUCGAGUGGACCUCUACCAAGAUUGACUGGCUCAUUGACGAUGCUGUUGUCCGAACUCUUAACGCUGCCGAUGCCCAGGGCGCCAAUGGUUUCCCCCAGACUCCUAUGCAGGUCAAGCUUGGUACUUGGGUUGCUGGUGGAAAGAACAGCAAUGAGGGUACCCGAGAGUGGGCUGGUGGCUACACUGACUUCGACGAUGCUCCUUUUGAUGCCUACUACCGCAGCGUGACCAUCAUUGACUACGCUGGAAAGGACGCUCCUGGCCAGAACAAGGGCGCUAAGCAGUACGUCUACACUGACAAGACCGGUGACUGGACCAGUAUCAAGGUUGAGAAGACCUCUUCCGACAACGACGACGACAAGACCAGCACCAGCACCACCGUCUCCAAGGUUUCCAAGACCACCAAGACUGCCGAGCCUACCAAGACCAAGACUGCUGAGGCCACCACCUCCGCAGUUGAGACCACCAGCGCUCACGAGUCUAAGACCAAGUCCGCUGAGAAGGAGUCCAAGACUGAGUCUGCCAAGGAGACCAAGACCUCUGAGGUCGCUACCACCUUUGCCACAGCCACCAGCACCAAGGCCGAGGCUACUGCCACAGCCACUGAGGGUUCUGGUUCCGGAUCUGAGUCUGAGGCUGGUGCCGGAGCUGCCACAGCCACUGGCUCUAGUGCUUCUCCCUCUGAGCCCGCCACCACACCUGUUCCCGUCAACUCUGGCUCUCGCAAGGCCGGCAGCGUCGUUGCCGCCUUCGCCGGCCUCAUGGUUGCCCAGAUCCUUAUCUAG